CUCUCUCUCUCUGAUCUCUCUAUGGCUUCUGGCUCUGGCUCUGGCUCACCUUGUGGGGCAUGCAAGUUCCUCCGCAGAAAAUGUGCAGCUGAUUGCAUCUUUGCACCUUACUUUUGCUCAGAACAAGGCCCUGCAAGAUUUGCAGCAAUCCAUAAGGUGUUUGGUGCCAGCAACGUUUCCAAAUUGCUUUUGCAUAUACCAGCUCAUGAUCGUUGUGAAGCGGUUGUCACAAUUGCUUAUGAGGCACAAGCUCGUAUCAGAGACCCUGUUUAUGGCUGUGUCUCCCACAUUUUUGCCUUACAACAACAGGUGGCGUGCUUGCAGACACAAGUGAUGCAAAUGAAGGCUCAGCUGGCACAGAACCUGAUGGAGACAAGAAACAUAGAGAAUCAGUGGCCAGGGAAUGUAGCUGGACAAUCAAUGAAUCCAUUUUGUUUAUCUCAUAACAUGAAUCCUAUAUCUCCUCAGAGCUCACUUGAGUCAAUUGAUCAUAGCAGCAUCAAUGAUGGAAUUGGCAUGCAAGAUAUACAAAGCAGAGAGGAUAAUUUCUCAUUCCAAGCUUGUUCUAAGAGAAGAUCAUAUGGUAAUAAUGACUUGGGUGAGCUGCAAGAAUUGGCACUCAGGAUGAUGAGGAAUUGA